AUGGCUAAGCCUAUCGUGCUCCACAUUGGCGAACCGAUAAAAUACAACCAGGAUUUCUAUGACAAUGAAUUCCUAAAGCGGUUCGACGUUCGACGAAAUGAGGAUCUUGACAGAAAUUCAUUCAUAAAAGCCCUCAAAGACAAGAAGUAUGGCGAGUUUUCGGCGAUAUUUCGACCACACUUCCAAACGGGUGGAGAGAUGGGCCAGUGGGACGAGGAGCUGAUAUCCCUCCUGCCCUCCUCCAUGCGAAUCUUUGCCUCCGCUGGGGCGGGUUUCAACUGGGCAGAUACGAAGGCACUGGGCCGCCGAGGGAUUUGGUACGCAAAUGGAGCCGGGGCAUCUGACGAGGCCGUCUCUGACACUGGCCUCUACUUCAUCCUCUCUGUCUUCCGGAACUUCACCAGGGCGCAACUUGCAGCGCGGACGUGCGACCCGGACGUUUUCAAUGCCACACACAAGCUCAUCGCUACGAUAUCAGCAAACCCCCGAGGCCACGUGCUUGGAAUUGUCGGCCUGGGAAACAUCAGUAGAAAGCUGGCGUACAAGGCCAAAACAGCCCUCGGGAUGGAGAUUCACUACCACGACAUAGUCAGGGCACCACAAGAAGUCGAAAAUGAGCUCGGUGCAACUUUCCAUCCUUCGAUCCAUGGACUGUUAGGGGUAGCAGACUGCGUCUCCUUGCACACGCCACUUAACGCUCACACGCAGGAUCUGAUUGGAGACAAGGAAUUUGCCGCGAUGAAGCAGGGCGCGAGAAUCAUCAAUACUUCAAGAGGGCAAGUAAUUAAUGAAAGGGCUCUCAUAAGAGCCCUUAGAGACGGCAAGGUAUCUGCAGCUGCUCUGGAUGUUCACUAUGAGGAGCCUCAGGUAUCGAAGGAGCUUGCUUCGAUGGAGAAUGUCACUUUGACCACUCAUAUCGCUGGCGGAGCAUUGAAUACGAGGAUCAACUUCGAGCUGAAUGCCAUGAAGAACAUUCUAUUGGUUGUAGGAGACGAUGGUAGCUGCAUUGGCGAGCCAACAACGCCGGUUAAUAAAGAUGUGGUGAGAGCAGCAGCGAAACAGAGUGUCAAAUGA